CGCAGUGAGACAGCCGUCAACGGAGCGCCCCGAACAAGCUGUUUGGUGCCGAAGAGCAGAACGUGCCGUUAACGGUAACUUCAAGCGAAGAGGCGGAGUCCCGCGGCUAGUUGAGUGGCACAAACAGCGAGCGACGAGCGGCUUCGCUGCGCCUUCCAGUCCUAACCAAUCGGAGUGCUCACACUUACAGAAACUUCAUGUAAAUUGGAAAGAGCGUCUCUGCGGGCCAAUGAAAUUAGCACAUUUGCCCUACGUGGGCGGAGCGGAGACGGAAAAUGACAGCCACGCGAGCCAACCGGCUUUGGCGCUCAUGUGCUUGGGCCUAUCAGGACGGAGAGAGGGCGGGGCUCGCAGCGCUCGCGGUGUUCUGUUGAAUUCUAUUGCCAACCAUUAAAAUAAUCGGGAGUGGAAGACUUCCAAUACCUGAGUGAGGGAGCGGGAGGCACUGGGACGACCUGGGGCACGAAGGACCGGGACGGGCCUCAUAACUACAAUCAUAAUCAUAUUCAGUGCAGGGGCACUGCGUGGAUGUACCCAGACUCGACGGGCAAGCAGGGUCGCCAAGUCAAGUGUGGACUAGCGCGGGAGCAGCUUCUCCUCUCCCGUCGUCGAGCACGUUUCUUCUUCAUCUUCUUCUUCACUCAAAACAAAAACAUCCAUUGAACCCAAAGGAAAACACGGGACCGGAGCGUUGGAUGUGGCUUCUGCCAUGAGUCCCGCCGCGUGCUCCCACGUGAACGGCUUCAAGGUGGACAACUGGAAGCAGAACCUGCGGGUCAUCUACCGCUGCUUCGUGUGGAGCGGCUCGGCCGAGACCAGGAAGCGCAAGGCCAAGUCGUGCGUUUGCCACGUGUGCGGCGCCCACCUGAGCCGGCUCCACUCCUGCCUCUACUGCGUCUUCUUCGGUUGCUUCGCCAAGAAGCACAUCCACGAGCACGCCAAGAGCAAGCGACACAACCUCGCGAUAGACUUGUUGUACGGCGGGAUUUACUGUUUCGUGUGCCAAGACUACAUAUAUGACAAAGACAUGGAGCAGAUUGCCAAAGAGGAACAAAGGAAAGCGUGGAAACUGCAAGGUAUAGGGGAGCGUUACUCCACGUGGGAGCCGACCAAGCGGGAGCUUGAGCUGUUGCAGCACAAUCCCAAGAGGAGGAGAAUCACCACAAACUGCACUAUCGGACUGCGAGGCCUGAUCAACCUGGGCAACACGUGUUUCAUGAACUGCAUCGUCCAGGCGCUCACGCACACGCCGCUCCUGCGGGACUUCUUCCUGUCGGACCGGCACAAGUGCGAGAUGAAGCCCAACUCCUGCCUUGUGUGUGAGAUGUCGCAGCUCUUCCAGGAGUUCUAUUCUGGCCACCGCUCCCCCCACAUUCCCUUCCGGCUGCUCCACUUGGUCUGGACGCACGCGCGACACCUGGCUGGCUAUGAGCAGCAGGACGCCCACGAGUUCCUCAUCGCCGCACUGGACGUCCUGCACCGGCACUGCAAGGGUGAUGACAACGGGAAGAAGGCCAACAACCCAAACCACUGCAACUGCAUCAUCGACCAAAUCUUCACAGGCGGCCUGCAGUCCGAUGUCACGUGCCAAGUGUGCCAUGGCGUUUCCACGACGAUAGACCCCUUCUGGGACAUUAGCCUGGACCUGCCUGGCUCCUCCACACCCUUUUGGCCCCUGAGUCCUGGCAGCGAUGGCAGCGUGGUCAACGGGGAGAGCCAGAUGUCCGGGGCUACAACGCUCACAGAUUGCCUACGGAGGUUCACCAGACCUGAGCAUCUAGGAAGCAGCGCCAAAAUCAAGUGCAGUGGUUGCCAUAGUUACCAGGAGUCCACCAAACAGCUGACGAUGAAGAAGCUGCCCAUUGUGGCUUGUUUCCACCUCAAACGGUUUGAGCACUCGGCGAAGCUGCGAAGGAAGAUCACCACUUACGUGUCCUUCCCACUGGAGCUGGACAUGACACCCUUCAUGGCAUCCAGUAAAGAGAGCAGGAUGAACGGACAGUACCAGCAGUCGAUGGACACGCUCAACAACGACAAUAAGUACUCGCUGUUCGCUGUGGUGAACCACCAGGGCACCCUAGAGAGUGGCCACUACACCACCUUCAUCCGCCAGCACAAGGACCAGUGGUUCAAGUGUGACGACGCCAUCAUUACCAAGGCCAGCAUCAAGGAUGUGCUGGACAGCGAGGGGUACCUGCUCUUCUACCACAAGCAGUUCCUGGAGUACGAGUAGCAUCCCGGUAACGGAAGAAGCCUUUGACUGAAGGAGAGACACAAAUGCAGAGCUAACGUGGAGGAGACAAGAGGAGCAAAAGGAUGCAGGAAUCCACCCGAAACUCACACGAAAGACUGAGGAGAUGGGUGGUGGGGCAGGGAGCCGCGGGAGCAACAGGAAGUCACGCACGUGGCAUGGGACCAGGAGGCUGCAGGAUGGAGGAGGCACCUCGACCGCACGAGUGUGUGGAGAGCCACCCGCUAGGAGGGGGCGCCUCCUGAAGGCUGAUACGGUGGGGGGAGGGGGGUGCCGGCACUCGCUCAAAAGCAGGCACGGAGGACAGUGAGGUGGGCCGUCCAGUGAGGAAACGGUGCGUUUGUCACUCCCGCCUUAUCCUCUUGUCCGGAUGAGCAGGCGUGCGGCCGAAACGCACCUUGGGUCGUUUCCGUGGCGACGUAUUAGUAAACGCCACCGCCUGCCGUCGCUGUCACCCAUCGUUCUCCCUAUACCUGUGGGAAAUCAAGCGCCAGAAGAGUCGCAGCGGAAUGAUAACUUUCUUAGUUUCUUUGUUCAGCGCAUCUGGAUUUGAGUACAAAAACGACACCGGGACUGUGUUAUGAACUUCAUUAAUAUUGUUUUUGAAUUUAGAGUUGAAAGAUCGUACGGAUCUGCUGUACGUCUGUUUUGGAAAGGAAAUAGGCGCCAUGGAACGCAGUCUGGGGGACGUCCUGUGCGUCCAGGUUGGCGGUGGGGGGGGGGGGGGGGGGGGGGACAGGACCGGCAGCUGUCCCCGCUGUCGUGUGUGUAUGUCCAUAAUAUAUAUAUUUUUUUUUUUUUUUUUUUUUUUUUU